AUGGAAAAGGUUCCCGGGGUUCAAGUUUUCAAGAAGUGGGAUGAAAUGGGCGAGCCUAAUCGGAUAUCUUUGAUCAAACGUCUUACUCAAUGGGAACGUGAGCUCUCUGAAAUUUGGUUUCCGGCUUAUGGUAACUUAUAUUAUAAGAGUGCUCUGAGCGAGAUGGAGACGGUACCAUUGGACUCAUCUAUCGACCCUGCAGGUGAAUUCUGUAUCGGUCCUUCUUGUGAUCCAUCCUGGCUUCUUCAGCCUGGGCAGUCCCUUACAAAUAUCCACUGUGGUCCUUGGAAGACACCUCGUGAUAUGGGCGAAUCAUUAAUCGACCGCUCACGCUUUAGAGUCGGUCAUCACUCUAACGUGCAGCUCCCAUCCUUUCUAAAUAGCUCCACCGAGGACCAUUAUUCUCUGCUUCAGAUGACCAAGGCAGUCCUGCCGGCCAUAGCAAAUAGCGCCAAGCUUUUGGAUAAGGCCCAACCAAUUCUAUGGCAUCCCGAUCUCCACAUGGGCAACAUAUUUGUCUCUGAGAAUGACCCUGGAAUUGUGACUGGCAUUAUUGACUGGCAGAAUAGUUCCGUCAGCCCUGCAUUUCUACAAGCCCAGUGGCCGGUCUUCCUCCUUCCUCCUGAGGGCUAUCAACUCGGCCAUAUAAUGCCCGGUCUCCCUGCGGGGUUUGAGAAUAUGGACGAUGACGAAAAGGAGAUCGCACUGUAUAACAAAGCGAAGGCCACAUGGACGAAGGCUUACGAAGCUGCAAGCUUCUUGAACAACAGGAAAGCUUGGCAAGGAAUGCAAGUCGUCCCGGAAUUAAAAGAGAUAUUCCGCCGUUGUGGGGGAACAUGGGAUGAGGGUGUGUUACCUCUCAGAGAGGUACUAAUUGAGAUAUUUCUCAAUCCAAGGGAUUUAGGGCUUCCUGACGGAAGCCUGCCAUUACAUUUUACUGAUGAACAGCUCGCACGGCACAAACGGCAAUUUACAAUUUACCAGGAAUGGCACGAGAUGCGCAAGUUUAUCAAGGAGAUGCUAGAUACUGAUGAUGAAGGCUGGAUUCCUCCUGGGCGUGACCUGGAUGAAAUGAAGUCUCGGAAUAAGAUCUUGUUCCAGUACUAUGUCACUAAAGCACAGAAACCCCCCGAAGAAGUGAAAAGUAUGUGGCCAUUUCCGCUGGAUACAUAA